CCUGGCUUGAAAGCAGCAGGGUGGUCGGAACUGAGCGAGAGAGAUGCCAUCUACAAAGAGUUCUCCUUCAAAAAUUUCAAUCAGCGGAUCGACAUCUGCUGUGGGGCGCACACCUGGAGACCUUAGGAGUCCUUAGGAGACCAAGGCAGGAAGACCAACAGUGGGACAUCAACCUGGUCUAUGGAGAGGGUCUCCGACUCAGAGAAUAAGCCAAAACGUGGGCUGGUGAGAUGGCUCAGCAGGCGUUUGGCUUUAUGUCCAGGGUUGCUCUGCAAGCAGAGAAGAUGAAUCACCACCCGGAAUGGUUCAACGUCUACAACAAGGUCCAGAUAACCCUUACCUCGCAUGACUAUGGAGGCCUGACCAAGAGGGAUGUGAAGCUGGCCCAGUUCAUUGAAAAAGCUGCUGCAUCUCUGUGAGCUGAUGCCCGCCUUGUCUGCAGGGUUGUUUGAAAGCCAUUUAUGUUAAUAAAUUGUCAUAAAGUAGUUCAUAGUUACAUGUAUACAUUUUUGUAUGAUUGAUGCUCAAAUACAGAAUGUUUUGAAGCCAAGCCUGAGUUAUUUGUCAUUACACCUAGUCAAGGACAUGAUAAACCAAUUUGAUUUAAAAUUUU